AUGAAGGACCGCACCCUCCAAGCCGAGCUCUGGCAAGACGCCCCACCCUAUGCAGACGCCCAACCCCUCGGAAGCGACCGGUCGCGCUUCUCGGACCACAGCAUGGUAAGCCCCGUCAUGCGCCGGACCCAGCGCGAAAAGCGAGAACGAUAUAUAAACCCAAAACAUCCCAUGCCGAAGGGCUACGACAAGGCCGACAUCUAUCCCUCCACCAUCCUAGAAAGGGACGACUACCAAGAAGCGUGCGACGUGGUCCAGAACUACUUAGUGAUGGAGGCGAUGAGAAGGGCACCGCUCGCAAGAUCGAGUGAGGACAUUGCCAUUAUCAUGGCUUUUCUCUAUGAGGUCUGGCCGAAAACCAGAGAAUUGGGUGGGGAGUGCACGCGACGAGUCGCGCGGAUGGCUUGCUUACGAAAAUUUGCGCAACGGCAAUUGGUUGUACGGGAAGGCGACGUCGGGGCCACGUUCUACAUUGUGGUGAAUGGGGAAGCUGCCGUGAUCAAGGGUGGCUUGUUGACGGGCGAGCACGAACUACGAGGGGGCACGAAGGUCGCUUCUCUGAGGGUCGGUGAUUCGUUCGGCGAGGCAGCUCUAGAUGAAGGCGCGUCGCCUCGAAACGCUACCGUGAUGGCCACGUCAGAGUUCCUGGAAUUACUAGAGUUGAGAAAAACGGAAUACGACGAGCUCCUCAAGACCUACAGGGAAGGGGAAGUGCGACGAGCGUAUUUUUUACUGCGAAAUACGCCCCUGUUCAUGACCUGGGCGAAGCGGCGAGUGCAGCGCAUCUGUCAACUAGUAAGAAGGCUGGAGAUCAAGAAGGGUACCGUUAUAGUUACACAAGGGGAUGUGGCCCAUGAUAUUUUCUUCAUCUUGGACGGGGAAUGUGCCGUGGUCAAGGACGUCGUGCGCCAGGGCAUCAACCGGUGGCCUACCUCUAUCAAUACGUGGGAGACGGUCGGUCGAAGUAGCCACGAAUUAGUACCGCAGAAGCCCAUAAAAAAAGGGCGAGUGCUUCGGGGAACUGGCGUUUGCUAAUAGAGGUCUGAGGACGGCCACCGUGUCGGCCGUGACCGAUUGUACGCUCCUAGCUUUGGACAAGGUCGAGUUCGAACGAGUGAUUAGUGACGGGCGGACGGGCGGCCGACGACUAACGGUAGCUCAGCGGUUCUUGCAGCCCAAUGAUGAAGAACUCAAUAACAUGCUGCGCUCUAUUAAAGGAGAGGGGCCCAUCCGCUUGGUACCUUCCAUACGGUUGAGUGAAGAAGAUAGCGUGAGGGAGGCCGAAUUAGCGUCGAUGUCGUCGAAGGAUCCUCUAUAUAAAUUCGAGAAGAUCCUCGAGAAGAAGCGCCUGAAGGAACUGGAGCCCGAGAAGCUGAUUUCUCCGGUGCGGCGGCCGCGUGUUAGACGACCCGUGACGGCGUCCGCGUCUGUUGAUACUCGAUGUAGGAGGCGGAAAAAUGGAAGCGCUAGAAAUGUCGAGGGGAACCCUUCCGUCUUCUCGGCGCCGGCGGCCAUCUGGGACGACCCGCGCGGGCGGCGGCCGUCGACGGCGGGCGCGGACUUCAUGGACAUGAGCCUGAUCCGGGGGAUGUCGCGGGGCGACCACUUGAAUAGACGAAGGCGGUUCGCCGUGACGUCGUACGAGAAGGGGGCGGCGUUAGAAAUUUAG